AUGGCCUCGCUGUGGGAAAAAAUCCUGGACUGGCUUCGAAGCCUCUUCUUCAAGAAGGAAAUGGAGCUCUCCCUGAUCGGACUUCAGAACGCCGGAAAAACUUCGCUGGUUAACGUCAUAGCCACUGGAGCAUUCCACGAGGACAUGAUCCCGACGGUUGGAUUCAACAUGCGCAAGGUCACCAGGGGUGCUGUCACCAUCAAGCUCUGGGACCUUGGUGGCCAGCCGCGUUUCCGAAGCAUGUGGGAGCGGUACUGCCGCGGAGUGCAGGCGGUGGUGUAUGUGGUGGACUCUGCUGACCACGAUGCCCUGGAAAAUGCGCGAGUGGAGCUACAUGAGCUGCUGUCCAAGCCCAGCCUGGCAGCAAUCCCGCUGCUGGUCCUUGGCAACAAAAACGACAUGCCCGGCGCGCUCAGCACCACAGACCUCAUCGACCGCCUGGACCUGAAGGCUCUGCGUGAGAGGGAAGUGUGCGUCUACAGCAUCUCCUGCAAAAGCCAGAACAACAUUGACAUCACUCUGGACUGGCUCACAAAACAUGCCAAGUCAUGA